CAUAUUUACGGUAAUACCUUAUGAGUUGAACGGAAGUGCGAUUACAUACGAAUAUCCCACUUCCAACGUUGCUGCUUUUUAUUAACAACAUUGUUUGCGUUACUCGAUCUCUUCUUACACAUGCCAAGUUGGGCCAUUUGCCAUAGUGUUAGAACUUUAAAUAAACUGAUUGUUUCUUACACAUUGGCUAGUUAGAGAAUUGUAUUCUAUUUACUUAUUCACAGAGAAUACUGGGCUGGACAAGAUGGCCAGCUGCAAUUUUCAGGCGCAGUUGGUAUCCAUUCUGGAGGUAUUAGCUAAAGCAGCUGUAGCAGAAAUAAACAAUCGUGUAGAUGAUAGCUGUGCCGUUAUACGUUUGGAAAUGACCCAAAGCCAGCGAGAUAUUGAUGUACUGAAAAGGAAGUGUCAAAUGAUGGAGAGCGAGCUGAAGAAGACACGAGGACGAGUCAGGAGAAAAGGUUUUUACCCCAUGUUAUCAGAGAGAUCUUCAUAUCCAGUCAAGAUUGUUUUGAACAAGCAGAGGAGUAACUCACAGUGGAGAGACAGCAAGAUGGCUGUUGAAGGGGACUCUCAACCCCAGCCUACAGAUGUGAAGCAGAGAGUGGAGACUGAACCCAUACUGAUCAAAGAUGAGGAGACUGCAGAGGAUGUGUGGAAGACUGACCCUAAGGAAGAGCUCAGGAUCACUGGAGAGGAAUCUGGUUCCAAGCCUGGGAAACCACCAUCCUUUGAGCAACGGCACUGUGAUGAGGACUUCAUCACACAACCCAACAUAUCUCCCAGAGACUCAGUGGAACAUUACCCAAAUUCUGAUCGUCCAGAGGAACCAGGCACACCCCAGCUCACGUCUACAGAGGUGUUCAGCGCAGAGCAGCACCGGCCAGAUGAGGACUCACUAGACCUAGUGAUGGUGAAAGAGGAGGAGCUGGAUCAGACCACGACCCUGGCAGGUCCUGACCAGUUUGUUAUGGAUGAGUCUGAUGGGCAGCUGUGGACCUCUGUGGAUCCAGGCAGAGACACUGACCCUGAUGGCCACCCAGAUUUCUCCUUUCAUUCCACAGAAGAGUACUCUCAGAAUAUCUCAAUUUUCCCAUCUCAUAGUGGGCUGCCAUCUGUUCCUACUAUGACAGAUGAUGUAGGGCCAUCGCUUCACUCUUCUAUAGGAAAACCACAUGCUAACAUGUUCAGUGCUGCAAAACACAUGAAAAGACAUGUCAUGACAUUGGCUGAUGAGACUAGACAACAGACGCCAGAGGGACAGAGCAGUGAGAUGCUGAGCUCAAAUAAUGAAGGAAAUAGUUUAGCUCUACAGCCAAGACUGCAUCAAUACAGGGCUUCAGAAGCGACUGUGCGAUUGAGUGAGUGCAUGACAGGGUCAAACAUGGCCACCACCUCCACCUUCUCUGGAUACAGCCUGAGUCGCAGUAGUUUUAACAUGGUGAAGAGAAUGAGGACUCAGUGGUCGGGCGGCACCACCGAGAGGCGUUUCAGCUGCACCUUCUGUGGGAAGAGCUUCCAGCGUCUCUGCCAGCUUAAAGUACACCUCCGGAGUCACACCGGAGAGAAACCGUACACCUGCGAACAGUGUGGCAGGAGUUUCACCCAGCAGUGCAACCUGAUCAGACAUGCUCUGGUCCACAGUGGGGAGAAACCGUAUGAGUGCACACAAUGUGGGAAAUGCUUCACCCGGCGCUCCAAAAUGACGUCACAUCAGAGAACUCACAUAGGAGAGAGUCCAGGUUCUCAAUUCAUGGUACCCGCAUACCCUGGGGAUCCACACACAAGUUUAAUGUAAUCUCAGAACAAAUAGGAACAUCAUUUCAGUUUUUCUGUAACACUUUCUACAUGGAAAUAUGGUACAGAAGGUAUUUUGACAAGCUUUUCCUCCCAAUUGAUUUGUGCUUUUCUUGUUUGACUGUUGAAGGCUUGAUUUUGAGAGUCAGUCCGUGCUUUUAGAUCAAUAAUACUAAUACAUGAGACCUAUAUGUAGCACUUUUCAAUGACCCAAAAUCACUUUACAAUUGUAGAAGGAAAAAAAAUGAUCACAACAAGACGACACCAGACGAACAGCAGGAGAAACAAAGAGAAGGGGGAGGGGCUUAAAGGAAAAUAGUAUGAUGUGUAGGUGCUUUUUUUCAAUUAGAUUUGCUCAACUCCUUCCUGUGUCUUUUCUCCCUAGUCCUCUCUCGCCGCCUUUGUAAAAAAACGUCAAAGAUAAUGGAGGAGAGGGGAUGAGGAGAGUGAUGUGGAUGAAAAUGUGCUUUUAUGAAAUGAGAUGGUCCUUAUCCAUCAGGCAAAGGACAUUUACCGGGGUGGAUCCCAAAAUAUAUGUGUAAAGUGAUGAAAAAAUGAAGUUAGUUUUGCAAUACAUUUUAUAGAUAAAAGGUUAAGUAGCAUAUUGUUUUUAAAUGUGUGCAUACUUUUCUCUAACGACAAUACAACAGCUGAUUCAAAGGGUGUGUGGCAGAUAUUUCAAAA